AUGCUCUUCCGAUCCAUCGUCUCGUCUGUUCUGAUCCUUGGCGCCGUUUCUGCCAACUCGCUCAUCAAUCCUUCAAAUCUAACGGACGACUUUUGCAAGAACGGAGGAUCCUUGGUUAAUGGAAAAUGCGAAUGCACUCUCCGAUAUGAAGGUACCCAAUGUGAACGAGAAAGAUGUUUGAAUGGAGGACGUAGGCAUUCCGCGAAAGGAGUGGUUCGUUGUCACUGUCCAUACGGUCUUUCUGGAGACAGAUGCGAGAAAGUGACCUAUUGCGAGCCAGGAAAAGGAAAACUGAUUGAAGGAAAAUGCGAGUGUUUCGAGAGAUGGACUGGACUCUUCUGUAAUAUGCGAACAUGUUUCAAUGGGAUCCCAACUGGCGGACUUGACGGAUUCUGCCUUUGUGAUGUCGGCUACACUGGACCAUUCUGUGAUGCCCCACUCAUUUGCGAGAAUGGAGGAAGUGUGACACAGGAGAAUGAAUGUUCCUGCACUGCCGGAUACACUGGAGAUCAUUGUGAACAAUGCGCGAUUGGAUACAUCAAGGAGGCACAAUACUGUGUGCCAGAGGUCUCCGAAUCUUCCCUUCUCGCUCAUACUGGCUCUCUUGGAAACCGUCCAUUCGCAUGGCCAAUCGUUCUCAUGGGAUGUGCUGCUGCAAUCGCAUUCGUAGUUCUUGCCCUUACCGUAAUCUUUGCCGUCCGAAAAUGGAGCAGCAAGCCAUCUCGUGUCAACUCGGUUCAAGGAGAUCCAGAAAAUGGAACUGAUGUCUAA